UUGACAUGCCCCCACCGGCAGAGGGACUCAGCAGGAAGUCCAUCAGUACACUUGCAGAGCCUCACCGCGAAUCCUGGACGCCAAACCACACCAGAGGACCAGAGACAGACUCAACUCUGCAGGAAGCCAGCCAGGCAGGCCUGUUUUUUGGGAAGCGUUUCCUCCUUUUGGGUUUUGGCGCUGAAGCUGAGACCCAGCUGUCUCUACUGGUGACAGAAAACGGAGGCAGGGUGCUGAUGGGUCGUACACGUGUUGUGGCGGACUUUGCAGUCGUCCCGCUGUUGGGCUGUUUGGUGGAGGCCACAGUGGACGAGGUGGUCACUGAUACCUGGCUGGCCAUGUGUGUGGAGAAGGAGUGUGUCCUGCAGCUGUCCUCCAACCCUUUGUUCACCCCUGUCCCUGUGCUGGACGGACGUUUUCCUCUCAAAGAUUGCGUUCUGUCUGUGAGUCAGUUCACCGGCGCAGAGAGGGAGUCUUUGGUGGAGCUGGCCAAACACCUCGGAGCCAACGUCCAGGAUUACUUUGUGCGCCUCGCCAACCAGAAGAAAGGGAUGCUGGCCAGCACUCAUCUGGUGCUGCAGAGCCCCGAAGGCACAAAGUACCAGGCAGCAAAGAAAUGGGGCCUUCCAGCCGUCACUGUGCGCUGGAUACUAGAGUCUGCUCGCACUGGCCAGAGGGCAGAGGAGGGGCGCUUUUUAGUUGACCUGCCACCCUCACCAGAGAGAGAAGAUGAGAGUUUUGUCGGUGGUUCCCAGAGGACAGCCAUGCCUCCACCAGCACAUGUGUCUCCGGAGGUCCCUUUACUGGGUCCCCAGAGCGGUAAGGCCGUCACCCCGCUGGAUUUAGGCCGCUUCCAGAGCAAAGUGUUCCGCUCCGUGUUGGACGAGAUGAAACCCAAAGAGGACAUCGGCACGCCCAAACAAAACCAGGAGGGCGGCAGAAUGAACCCGCUGCAGAGGGAAGCGUCCCUGAAGCUGGACACUCCCUCUCGUUUCCUCAGCAGAGAUCAGCUGUUCAGGCCCUCCUUUAACGUCAAG